AUGAGUCUUUACGACCUAUUUUUGGAUCGCAUAAAUUCCCUUCCCUUCAACAAACCCUAUCUUGAUGUCCAUUACCGGGUCUUUGCUUGUUCCCUUACAAAUAUUACUGGUGACGAACAUACUGUCUCAGGAAUCUACGAAAAAGAUUUCCCCUCAUUUGAAACUAAUCGUCUCAAUAAUGUGGAUUCAUUGGAAUUAGAAGGACAAGCACGAUUAAAUUUCCAUAGAUUAGAAGAACUCCAGAGAUUUCCUUUCUUUAUUACCGUUGCCACCAAAGUUGCGCUUUGUGAGGUAGAAGAGUUGUUUAAAAAACAAGAAUACUUCUGCCGCGGUAUGAGGUCUAGGAGGAUUAACCUCAUCAAUCAAUUUGUAUCCACGUAUAGAAAUGUCGCGAAAGCUGCUCACGCACAGGCUUCACAUCAAUGUGAAUUUUCUUUAAGCCAUUGUCAAGUGGGCAACAGAACCUCUGUUAUUCUCCCGGGCUAUUGUCUUGAGGGUGAACAUGUUAGUACUGAAUUGCAUGACUUGGAGAGGGAACCUAUAAAGGGGAGUGUAAAAAGGGAUAAAGAUCGUUCAAGUAGUUCCAGAAGGGUUAAAAGCCCCGAAUUUGUAGCUUAUCUUAGACAUCUAAAAGAUCAAAAACGAGAUGCUACUCAGCACGUUAUUUCCUACUUUGCCGCGAUCUACUUCACUUCGCUUACAUCAUUAUUACAGAGCGGAUUACAAUCUGAAAUAGAAUACAAUGUGCGGAAAAGUGUGGAAUAUAUAAACUAUGUGCGCAAUUUCAAUCCCCGACCACGUAAUCUUCUAAGAGAAUAUCACAACUCUCGAAGUUCACAGUUUUCAAAAUUCCAGCCUAUCUGGUGUGUAUACUUAGUAAAUUCAUAUCAGCACGGCAAGUGGCAUUCCUUAAAGCAGGAGGAUGUAAAAUCGGACAAUAACAGCCACAGUGUGAGUGAGUCAAGUGUGCACAGUGAUGAGGCUGGACCGCGAAUGGUGAGAAUGCCUUCCCCCUGCCAAUACCAGUCAUCGGUGCUUCAUGAACAAACAUCUCCCUCCCCGGUCGUGCGGAAUGUGGAUAAUUUAAAGGAUGCUCAUUUGUCUGAAGUGGGACGUACACUUAAUGAAUUUAUGAACAGUAGAACUCCCAGAGAGUCUUCGUUUUUCCAAAAAUGGGUACGUGAGGUGAAAAUGUUAGAAGAUGAAAACACAACCCACAGUGAAAAGGGCUUAAUAGUGAGUGCAACCUCUAAAAGUGGAAAGGAAUCAAAUGCAGCAGAGACCAACAGCCCUAAGGAAGAAAUAAAAGUAAUGGGAGAGAUGGUCACCACGAUUCGAAGUGGCAGGGAUCAAAAGCUUGAUAUGCCCACCCUCAAUCUUAUAAAGAGAGCGGAAGCUCUGCUCUAUCCGUGUGAGGUGCAACCCACUGGAGAGGUCCCUUUUAUCAAGUUUAACCGUCUCACACCACACUGCGACGACGAUGAAGUAGAACUUUUUCUUAGACUUACUUGUGCUAAUCUUACUGAUUCAUCAAACAAGGAUAAGGCCCACCCUAUCUCAGCACCAGAUGAUGAAAAUCAAAAGUCCCAAAUACUCCCACCGAUACCACUGAAAUUAUUCAAAUCCGAUACCGUCAAGUCCUUGGAAUACUUAUCACGGCUUGGGCAGCUUACGAUUCUGCAUGGCACGUAUAUCAAACGUAUCGAGCUUAGCAAUCCCCUUCCUUUUGUCAGUAAACUUGAUAACGAGUUUGAGUGUGAUGCAUGCUCACAAAAUGGCCUUCAGGUUGGCUUUCAGGCCGUCACAGAUAGCAACACGCGAAACUCGUUUUGUUUCCGUCCACACAAGUACGGCUACGAUGUCUGUCUGCCGUGUGCGGUUUUCUUUUACAAAGCUGCAUUUGAACGGGUGGAGCGCGCUUUGCACCCUGAUCCACGGUUGAAUCGCCCCUUCGCGCAUGGGAAGCUUUCUGGGGCAGUGGUUUGGUCUCUAUCGGCGAGCCCUAUAACAGACAACUGCAUAAUGAAAGCCCACAUAGCCGAUCUGGAUUACGACGAAACAAAGAAGGGGAUGCACUGUAGACACUCAAAGGGAAAAGAGGAAGGAUUUAUCAUAACUAUGAAAGUCGGAGUUUCACCAUACGGAGCGUAUCCUGUGGCGUGGCUUGUAAAAAAACGCCAACUCCAGGCCAUGCGCGCGGCCUUUCCGUGCUACAAGUCGCAGGCCACCAGCGACAUGUCUGCAAAACCAGACUAUUCAAUUCCCAACGCGGAAGAUUAUCAUACUCUAACUUUUGAGCGAAUCAAAGCGAUGCCAGUGCCCCCAUGGAACUGGUCUCAGAACUGCCACAUUUUGUCCAAGACACUAUCUCCGCACCACCCUACAACGACCACGGACUCCACAACAACUGACUCUAACUUAAUUCAGGCAGAAUGCGAGGGAGAGGGAAAAAGUGAGGAUGAGGAGGAACUAUGCCCGGUAUGUCUUCAGACCCUGCUUUCACCAGUGCCAGUUCUUCGAACGCGCUGUGGUCACUGGUUCCACGUGAAUUGUAUUCAAAGUGUGAAACGUUACCAAGAACACGAGGAAGAAACCGAAAAUGUUUACACUGAUAGCGAACAUUCAUAUGGUAUGGAUGAGGGAUAUAACUCGAACACGGAUCAUAAGGUUCACGAUAAGUGUCCUAUAUGCCGCCAGGUGAACUACCUGCCGAACAUGAACAAGAAAAUCGCAUUAGAACAGAAUGUAUAUACGAUUGAGCUAGUCAUUAAAACCCCUUUUUUACAUUCUGGAAAGUUGAAGGAAGGAUAUGAAAUGGAUCAGGAGGGUGGGGGUGCGGUGGACUUAGGCGAUGGUGUGGAAGCGGUGGCACUGGCCACUCUUCUUACAGCCGACGGGCAAUACUACAACCCCACAAACAUAGCCUCAUGCCAACUCCUGUACGUGCGUCCAGGACAGCUGAACGCAUAUGAGACUUCUGGUGAUUAA